GUGAAUGAUGACCAGAUUAUUCUUGAUAAGACUGUUGCUGAUCAAGUAUCUAUAUGGAAAAGCAGCAGAGGCCUAACUGAUAAGGUGGUCCCCAAUCAUGAUUGCUCUGGAGAAACAUGUUCUUAUUAUCAAAUUGGAGAUGUAUUCGUUUGUGAGAAGACCGGACAGGUCCAUGUUUGUGAUGAUACAUGCAGAGAAGCUGUUUUGGACCCUACAAAUGUGCUUUUGGUUUGUACAAUAUCUGGGCACUGCUUUGAUCUAUUACUGUCACCAUCUGAAAUGGAGCCGGACACUGUAAAAGAGAUCUCCUUUAACUUGUACUUGGUGUCCUUUGUCAUAUAGCACACUUACGUUUUUAAUUUCAGAGGUUUCCUGACUUUCAUUGUGCACCAUAACAGUCCAUGAACUAUAAUAUCAUUUUAGUAUUACAAUUUCUAAAACA